UACAGUGAAGCCCAUUCAAGCGAUUCUCCGCAGUGCUGAAAGAGCAGUGUGAAGUAAAGAAGGAGAAGGAGGAGGAGUGAAAGAGGGGGGAAGAGAGGAGAAGAGGGGAGAUACGGGGAAACACGAAAGAGAGCGAGAGAGAGUGUGUGUGUGUGUGUGUGUGCAGCGAGACCAGGAAAGAGAGAAAGAGAGAGAGAUAAGGGGAAAACUGUAAAUUUGGUGCCCAGGCUUCCCAGUGCGCACUCAUCUCUCGUCGGCUGCACCGUCCGAGCAGCUCUCCGCUCCGCAGGAUGAGUUCGUUCAGUACGAGGGCUCUGACGCUGCUCUCGUCGGUUUUCGGGGCCUGUGGUUUGCUGUUGGUGGGUGUUGCCGUGUCAACAGACUACUGGCUGCUGAUGGAGGAGGGAAUUGUCCUGCAGCAAAACCAGACCACUGAGGUCAAGAUGGCGCUGCACUCUGGCCUUUGGAGGGUCUGCUUUGUUGCAGGACCAGAGAAGGGCAGAUGCGUGGCGUCAGAGUAUUUCACCGAGCCGGAGAUAGAGAUCACAACAGAAAAUACAGCCAACAUACUCAAAAUGGUCCGAACUGCUACUCCCUUCCCCAUGGUCUCCCUGCUCUUCGUCUUCACCGCCUUUGUCAUCAGCAACAUCGGACACAUCCGGCCGCAGCGCACCAUCCUCGCCUUUGUUUCUGGAAUAUUCUUCAUACUGUCAGGUCUCAGUCUGGUGGUUGGUCUGGUCCUGUAUAUCUCCAGUAUUAAUGACGAGGUGAUGAACCGACCCAGGGAGCCAGAGCAGUUCUUCCACUACCGCUACGGCUGGUCCUUCGCCUUCGCUGCCUCCUCCUUCCUGCUUAAAGAGGGUGCAGGAGUGAUGUCCGUCUAUCUCUUCAUGAAGCGCUAUGCCGAGGAGGAGCUGUACAGGCCUCAUCCCGCCCUCUACCGACCCCGCAUGUCAGAAUGCAGUGACUACAGUGGCCAGUUCCUCCAUCCAGACUCUUGGCCUCCACCACAGCGUGGCCGCAGCGCCUCUGACGUCUCCUCUGACAUCUCUAUUCAGCUCAACCAGACCCCACCUUCGCAGGCACAACCCAAGGGGGGGAGCAGCUCCCAGCCUACACCCUCUUCCUCUGGGCCUUCAUCAGCAGCCAGCUACCAGCUCCAGCCGGCCUCCUCCUCAUCCACCUCCUCCUCUUACCCACAUCCCCUCCACCUGGCCGCCACCUCCACCCUACCCAGGGCAUCCCACGGCCAUGGUCACCCUCAGCCCCAUCCCCAUCCAAGCGGGCCCCCGCCUCAGUCAAUGCCCAUGGGGGCACCACCCUCAGCUGUGCCUCCUCCUCGCUAUCACACGCACAUGCGAAUGAGCGCCUCACCAUGCUAGGCUACAUACGCAGAAAAAGAGGGGGGGCAAAACUGGGGGGAUUAGAUUGGCUCUGUUACAGCUCUUAAACAACACAAGACAACAUACACAAACACACAAACACAAAUCGUGUAUCCUUGAAGCGUGUGGGAGGAGGCAUGCAGCAGAGUGGAUGAAGGAGGGAGGUUUAAGGAGAUCAAAAAGAGGAAAGAAGAGGAAAGAAAAGAGGGAAGGAGGGGAGGAGAAAUAGGUGGGCGGUGGGGAUGACUCACUGCUGAUGCCAAGCCCAAGACGGAGACAGACACUUAACAAAACUUUUAUCAUGCUGGGAGGGAACAUGGGAGGGGAGGAGUGAGGGAUACAAUGAUUAGUAGCAACAAGAUGUUUGUGGGGUUUCUGAUGGGUACAUUCAUCAUCAGGGCUGUGAUACACAGGCAACAGGGUGAAGCAGCACAGGAAACAGGAAGCUGAAUCAUUUCCAAAACUCCAUUGACAAAAAGAACAAACAGUUAAACUGUAUAUCGGGCAAUAGAUGUUUUAUAUUUUCAUUAAACAAGGACUAAGAAUACCUGCUUCAAAAACAUUAAAAAAAAAUAUCUAACAGCUUUUUUGUAAUUCCAUGAACAUGGUUGGGAAACUUACCUCAUUAUCUCUAAAUUACUUUGUAAAUAAAUGUUGAAACCAUGAGAGCAACCCAUAUGAAUAAGACAGAAGUAUUAAUUAAAAGAUAGACUGUGGCUUUUGUGUACAAGAAUGAGUCAACCCAAUCACCAGAAUACAUGCUGGCAUUGUACUUUUCUGCAUGGAUAUGUUACAUUUGCACAUUAUUAUGUAUGCUGUGGUUAAUGUGUGUUAUGUAAAGACACAAAGAUCACUUGGUUAUAGUUAGAUAAACAUCAUGUUUUGGCUUUAAAUACCCAGUUUUGGUAGCACUAUCCUGGCUGGAAACACAGCACUGUCUCAGUAAAAACAAACACUUUUCAUGGUAACAUUUGGUCAAAAACAACGUCCUUUUGUGGCAACAGCAAUGACAUGUUAAAAAAAGACCUGGUUUUGUUGUUUGUUGGUCUUGAACAGUGGUCUGCAGCUUGGUUAGGCAUCUUGUCUAGGUGUCAUGCCAUCCACUUUCACCUCCACUUCCCACAAUGUAUCCUUAUACAACAGUUUGUACGAUAUCUUAUGAAUGGUUUGUAUGAUAUCUAACAAAUUAGCACCCAACAAAUUAGCCUCCCCACUGGUUAGCUUGGGUUUAGAAAAAGAAUCAUGGUUGGGCAUCAUCACAUUACGUACUUAAAGUUACAUACAUGGUUGGUUAAUUUGGUUUCACACAGGACACACACCCCUGUCUCCUGAGGGAAAGUCCUGUAUUUGUUUCGUCCAUCCACCUCCUCAACCUUCGUAUUUUGCUCUUUAUACUACCUUCCUUCCUUUCUCACUUCAGCACAUUUGUUGCAUGAUCAUAGCCUUUAUGAUUACGUGGGUUAUAUAUACAUUCUAGUGAAUUACUUUUAGGUAGGCACACAUACAAAUUCAUCCUCAUGCAGCAGUUUGUAUGAUAGCCUACAAAUUAGCACCGGGGAAUGACAUUACAUCCUUAACGUACAGUUACAUAAUUAAAUAUAAAGUUAUGGAGGUUAGGUCUGGGCAAGUAAAGUUAAGCACCUUAAUCACGUGAUUGCAACCUUCCAAAAUAUGUGGGUUAUGCAUGAAUUUUGGUGCAUUACUUUUCAUGGGAAAAUGUAUGAAGACUACAUGAGAAGAGCCUACCUUCCAUUGCCAAAGUCAGCUCAUAUACUACAUCACUUUAAAAACACUGAUAUGAUAUGUAUAAAAAGUACAAAUGUAACAUAUCAAUGUUUUAUAGAAACAUACAGUGCCUACAUUUUCUUCUUGUGACUGGACUGAAAGAGUAUAGUUGAUGGAUAAAAAAACCAAAAACACCUGCCAAUAUACAGCACAGAUACCAAAUCUAUAAUCAAACUACAAUCAGUACCAUCACAUUUUAAUGUGCUCAAAUUCAAGUUGUGUAUUCACUUCAUUUUAUUCAUUUAUAAAUGUUGUGUAAGAAAACAUUAUUGUAGUUAAAAACAUAUCAAGAUUUUAUUUUUAGCCCAUGUUUCCCAACAUUGUGUGAGUGUAACUUAUGGCUUAAUUAGUAACAAUUACAUUAUCAUCAAAUCGCCAUAUUUAUUUCAAGAUUAAAACUUGACAUCAUGUAUAAGUUCCCAACCCUGUUCUUGAAAAACUGUGUUUAAAAAAUAACCGGAAAAAUGCUAAUAUUAUAAAGAAUGUCCAUGUUAUUAAUAAUCAACAUUGCUUACAACUGUUGCUCAUGUACAGUGACCUACAAACACAACUAUUGUAUACACAAUCAGAGGUUAACUGUAUAGGCAUAGAGGUUAAUACUUCAGCUGUAUAGAAAUUCUUCCUCCUCCUCAUGCUUAAACAAAUAUUACAAAACCUUAAUCCCGAACAUUGACCAUGGGGUGUAAAUAUCACAGUAUGUUUUAGGUGUUUUAGCUAUUGAAUUUUCUAAGCUGUUUGUACUUUGAGAGGGAAGCUUUGGGGAUGAAUGUUCAACAUUUUGUGGGAUGAAAUUUAAGACGAAAUUGAGAGACUUUAUAAAGUGCCGAGCGCAGUUGGAAAGCUUCUGUUGGAGCUUUAGGAGGUUUCUGCAACGUAAGCACUGACCAAACAGGGACUGUCUGUUUCCACGGUGAUCACCAGUACAAUCAAAAUGGCUGCCUUGGAGAUGCUGUUGGAAGUGAGAAUUAAAUUUCUUAGGUUUGUACAUAUUGAUAUAAGAAACCAGACCUCUUAAAGCCAGGUUCAGAUGGCACUUCAUUUGAAUCCAUUCAGUUGAUAUUUUAUAGCUUAGCUAAUUUCCAACAUGGACGUUAUUUCCAACAGUUCAGAAUAAUUCCUUUUUUUGUUUUUGUUAAUUUGAAUGACUUCCUGAAUUGACAGAUUUAAAAUGGAGACCAACUCUUCCUGGUUUUACAUAAGAAUAGGCUAUAUGAGGUUUAUAUAAAGAAUAGAUGGAAAUAUAGGAAUGGCACUUUGAUGAACACGAGCUUACAUGGGAAACAAACUAAAAACCUGAGUAUGCUGUGACAGAUGUCUUUGCAUUCCAAUUUACCACCUGGUUUAAUCAUUUAGUAAGGUCAGUAGCUCAAUUGCCAUUAGUUCAAGUCAGAGGUUUUGUUUUUUUGUUUUUUUUUCUCAAAUAUCUUAUGGGUGCAGACAAUUCCUUAUCACAUUUACUUCAGAGGCAAAAGACCCUUUGUCUGGUGAUAAGCUGAAAGAUUACUUCAAGAAAUGUACUAUUUGAUUAAAAUCCCUGAGUUUGGCCAAUUGGAACGGGGCUGGUGCAAGGAAAAGUUUGGUCACUCUUCAGUGUCUGAUGAGCCAAUGAAAACUUUUCAAGACCGUGGUUAGAUUAAUCCACUACAGGGCCCCAGGUAAAAUUAUAUUACAGACCCCUGGUUUGCCCUAGGAAGUGACGUCUACGUUUAACUAGUGAUGGCCAAAUGAAGCCUCAUGAAGCAUUUUCUUUAUUUUAUGAGCCCACUAGAUGGCGCACUUGGUUUAAAAAGGGAGGCUCAAAGAAUGGCAAUUCAAUGUAUUUCAAUCUUUUGUUGAAAAAAAGCACCAUCUAGUGGGCUUAUAAAACAAAGAAAAUGCUUCAUGAGGCUUCAUUUGGCCAUCACUACGUUUAACUACUGAGACAAUUGUUAACCAAUUACAUAUUGGUCUACAGGUUAAGUUUGCUACGUUUCAGCUUAGUAGUAGUCCUAGAACUAUGCUUUGCUACCCCAUUAAGAACAAAGCUAAUGAGGUAAUCAUGUUACACUGGUAAGCGAGCCUUGACUGCUCCAAACAGUGCACCACCUGGGUUGGAUGGGGGCUAUUGCAGGGCCAAACCAUGGUGGCAGGACGACUUUGUUGCAGAAACAUUGUACUGAUCUCCCCUCAGGUCGCCCUGACUAAGUAGCUUAAUUUUUUACCCCUUUAGCAUUGUUAACUGUGUUGGCAUUGUUAGCUGUGUCAGCACGGCUAGUGGUACUAACAUACAUAAGUUGAUAAUGCAGAAGGUUUUUGUGGCUAAAAAUGAAGCCUCUUACUCACCAGGGCUACAGGGGACUACCAUGUUUCCACAGUACCGUGGGAAGGGACACCACCUGACCCAAAUGGUGUGCAGUACAGAGCAGCCAAGGCUAGCUAACCAUUAGAGACUGGAUGAUGGGCAAUGGGCACCAUGUUUCUGUAUAUUAAUGUGUCUAGCCAGCUGUCUGUCAGCAACGCCGAAAGAAAAGGAAAGACAUUUGCAACACAAAACACCAAAGUUCCACAUCGUCUAAAUAAGUGGUUCCCAAUUGGUCCAGCCACAGGGUCCAAAUUUCUCUGAGUCAUUAGUUCAGGGUCCACACAGUUUAAUACACUCAGCAUCAUACUUGCGUUUGGCCAUAUCUUUGAGCUAGUUUGCUGUGUCUGUUAAGCAUUUUUUUGUUAGUCACUAGUCUACAACAGGAAAUGGCACUUCAAAAUAGAAGGUGUUUGAAAUUCACUGCACUUCAAAAUAAAGUUUUUUUUUGUUUUGUUUUUUGUUUACAAAUUACAUGUUUGCAAGUCACUCCUGGUCCAUUCAGAAUGGACUCACAACCCACUUUUGGACCUAUGGUUUAAAAUGUGGCGCUAAAGCCCAUUGACAGAAUGGAGUGCCAGACGAAAAGGAAAGUGCAUCUUGUAUUCACAUUUUACAUUUUUGAAAUGCCCUCGGUUUGCUCAAAUACCAACACAAGCAAUUUCAAAUAAGCUUGUGGCUACUAACUAGCCUUGUAGUGACAGAGAUGGAAUCUCUGAAAACCAUUUCCAAAACCAACGCUAUAGAUCCAUCUAAGCCAUACUCUGUUUAGCAUACUAAAUAUGAUUACAAAGCACAAAAGGUAAAGUCAGUUAUUUCAAAACAAUUUUCUUUUAAAUGAGACUGACAUUUUAAACUCUCCUUUUACCUUAAAAUACAACAAGCAGAGAAGAAAUGUCCAGUCUAGUCCAGUCUAUUUAGCUAGUCAGGCUUCAGUUGGCUUUACACCUUUACAUUAGCAGCACGUAUGUGUUUUGCACAUCUGACCCCUGGAUAGUCCACGUACGAGACUCCAGAAAACAUAAACCAAUCACCAGAGUAAAUGUUGGCGGUAUAUUUUUCAUGGAUAUGUUGAAUUUAUAUGCAUAGCAGACAAUGAAACUUUACAUUUCAACAAUGCUGUGGUUAAUGCGUAUUUAGGUUUAGGCACAAAAAGCACUAAGUUAUAGUUUGGAAAUGGACACCUUCUGGCUUGAAAUACCAGUUUUUGGUGUCACAAAACCUGCUGGUAAAGUCUGUAAAAUACAAGCAUUUUUGUGGCAUUAUCCCUGGUGGAAACACAGUGAUGAGUUGCUAAAAAAACACCAAAUUUUGGUGGCUAAAAAGCCACUGGAAACAGAGUGAGGACAACCAGUUUUGUUGUUCGUUGGUUUUGAGUGGUGGUCUGCAAAUUUAACAUUUCUGUGGUCUGUAGAAACAAUGCCAACAUUUUCUUCAAGCAACUGGGCUGAGAAAAAAAAAAAUUCUCAGUAUUUUUUUCCCAGUAACUUCAAAUCAUUUCUGUUAAAGGGAUAGUGCGACCAAAAAUGAAAAUUCAGCCAUUAUCUAUUCACCCAUAUGCCGAUGGAGGCUCAGGUUAAGUUUUAGAGUCCUCACAACACUUGUGGAGAUCCAAGGGGAGAGGGGGUAGCAACACAACUCCACCUAAUGGAGGCUGACGGCGCCCCAGAUUCAAACGUCCAAAAACACAUUAUUGAAACCACAAAAUAUCUCCAUACUGCUCGUCCGUAGUGAUCCAAGUGUCCUGAAGCCCUGACAUAAAAAGUUGUUUCGAAAAACGUCAUUUGAACUCUGUUUUUAGCCUCAUUGUAGCCUGCAGCUCUCUCUGUACAUCGCGCUAAGGUGUGUGCACUUCACCUGAGCCUCCCUCGGCAUAUGGGUGAGUCAAUAAUGGCUGAAUUUUCAUUUUUGGGUGCACUAUCCCUUUAAGGCUAUGGCAGGAAGUCAUGUGAUACUCUUAGUUUAGUAAGCGCAUACAGAGUCACUUUGACAUAAGACACCAGAGAUUGUGGGACAGCAUUCUUUCCCUAACUUUAAUAUUAAAUAACAGCAUUUUCAACUUUGGUCCUCUUACUGGAGUUUUUAGCCAAAUCCCAUGGCCCUCAUUAAAAUAUUCAGCUAGGCUUUAUGAAACUGUAAUGAUCCUUAAUUCUGAGUACCUCUAGCACCUCCUACUCCCAUUGACUCAAAAGUUGAGGUUAAUUGCUCAUUGUUGACCUUGAAAAUGGCAGCUGACUAAACAGUUUGGGGUGUCCACAUAUUUUUGCAUACGUUGAUUGCACAUCAACGUAUGCACAGAAAAAAGACAUUGACAACAGAUUUUCAGUUUGACUCCCAUUGAAGUUCUCAUGUUGCACAGUGACUUAAAGUGACAAACUUAGAGACUGCUUGUUUUUGUAGCAUAUUAACAAUCGUGCCCAGCAUAGGGCAUUGUUUGUAGCCAUUUUUAGACCUAUGGGGGGAAAUGUUAUGCUUACAAACUGUGGUACUGUUAAGAGAAAAACAGUGUAGCAAAUUAACUGCGGUGUUAGCAUCUUUUAUGAAUAUUUGCUCUGUGAAAUUUAAAUAGGAAAUCAUUUAGCAGCUGAGUAUGAGAGCUUUUGCUGAUGUUUUGAGAUGUUUAUUUUAAUUGCCAAAGCUGAGCAUUCAUGCCGUGUAAUGAGCACACACACACACACACACACACACACACACACACACAAACACACACACUGAUAUACACAAAGAUAUAUUUAUGUAGCUAACUUCUGAGGAGUUAUUUUCUGUUCUCUGAUACAAACGAAUCAGAUCCAACCGUGUUUCUGACAUCACAGCAGAGAGUAGAGCUCUGAUGCAGUGAACCGCUUUUUGAAAUGUUUACUUCCUUUGUUCAGUGCAGACAUUUCUUCAAACUGUGAUUAGGGUGUAAAUAUUCAUACUGAACACGCUAUAUGCAGUUGACCCAAAAAUGUGUUUACAUUAUCACGGUAGAGAAAUUUUAAAAGUUUACAUGGUCAUACAUGUUUUGAGUCCAAUGAUGAUUUGACCGACUCAAUACCUGUCAAAAAAAACAAAAAAAACCCAGUACAAUUCAUGUGACUUUCUUUUCAUAAUUCCUGCAAACGUGCUCUUUGCAGGAGUGUGGUUUUUAUCUGCCAGCGGUGUUUUGUUAAGUUUAAAACCAAUAAAGCUUGCCUG